UUUAUCGUGUUGUCAUUUUUUCAACGUCCACCACAGGCUUUACAGAUUUCUGUGCUCCUUCGUCUAAAACACUUUUCUUUUGGACCAAUCGCUUUCAUUCACUUCAAAGGAUCCAAGGAUCGUUUCUGGUUCAAAGUCCGAUAAAUAACUUUAUCAUAAAUAACUUAAAAAAAAGACUACCACCUCCAGGGCGUGAAAUAAUAAUGGUACUUAACCAGCCACAAAAGAAAAAAGUACAUUUUGUUUUGCAUAAUCUGCCGGAAACGUGUAGUUUUUUAUUCAUCAGUGCAAAUCUUUUGCCCAUUGUGUUGAAAGCCACAGGUGUUGCUAAAAUGUCACUGUGGUGAAUUUUCAAUCACAGUGAUAUUUAUAAAUGGUAAUAAUCACAUUUUUAUCUGAGUAGAUAAAAAGAAAUGCUGUUAUUGUGGAUCUCCAAAAGGGGGCGCCUGCAUGACUCUUUAUUUAAAAGCUAUGAAAAUAGUAUUACUUUAAAGAAAUUGUUUGUGUUCUGCUUUUGUUGUUUGGUUUUUUUUCACAUGUCACUACAGUUUAACCUUCAAAAUUGAAAUGGACUGAAUUCCUCCCAGAGUUUUUUUUUUUUUUUACACCUGUGUUUAUAUUCAUCAUCAUUCCUCUACACAUUCACCAGCCCCUCCCCUCCGUCACCUUUAACACCAAACACUGUGUAACAAACUCCUGUGUUUGGUCAUUGGUCCCUCCUGUGCAGAGCAGUGAGGACAAAGUGACGAGAAGCUCUUAUUCUGGACAUGAACUGAGCGGCAGCUGCCGAACAUGUGGCUGUGGGCACUACUUCCUGUCAGUAUUGCUGUUUUAGGCAGUGGGGGCAUUUGGACAGUGUUUGCCAUGGCUGUAACGAACGGAUCGGUCAACCUCACCGAGGGAUUCCCCUACAUCAGCAAAUGUGGGUCAUACCCUCCUCAAAGCUGCCUCUUCUCCCAGGUGUGCAGCACCUGCUCGUUUUUAGCCUUUUGGAUGAUGGCGAUCCGUUUCCAGCAGGUCAAGGACUUCAGUAAUCAUGGGAAGGCCAACACGGCCAGCAUAGUUCUGGGCUUCAUCUCCGCCACAGGGACCUGCAUUCUCGGCAACUUCCAGCAAUCGGUUUUGAAGUACGUUCACAUUUUGGGAGCUUUUAUGGCCUUCUACAUGGGCCUGGCCUACUUCUGGACACAGCUGUAUCUGACCUAUCAGACUCAGCCGUCCCAUGACCGACGCUGGGUGGGGCCUGUUAGGGCCAGCUGCUGCACCUUCUGCACCAUUCUGGUUAUAACUAUGCCUAUUCUCCAAAAAGUCGGCUUCCCCUCUGAGGCUGCUGUGUGUGAGUGGGUCGUAGUCAUGCUCUUCUUCUGCCUGUUUGCUCUGGGUGCAGCUGAGUUCAGGCACGUCGACUGCCACCACUUCACUGUUCAGAAACGAGCUCUAAAUAUUCAGUCUGGCCACGUUUCCAUUCACACUAACAUCCGUGUUGCAAAUACACUCACAUGACACCAGCAUUUUUGUACCAUUAUAAAUCACAUAUCUUUUAUCUUGUACUGUCAUGGCUGUGUGGUUUGUAACCAAAGCUCAAAACUCAAACCCCUUCAUUGAAUGACCAGUUGUAAAUGAGAAAAAUGUUGAACACAAAUGGAAUAAAAUUCUGAUUGAGGAGCGCGGGCUGAAGAAGCA